UCAGCAGGUCACGAGCACCGGCUUCUCGGACCGACAAGCGAAGCGUCACCACUCGGUCUCACGUGUCAGUCUCGCACCGGACGCCUCACGUCUCUGAAUUUUUUUGAACUUACCUGACGAAAGAGAAAGAAUGUGAACAACUUGAAAACGCCAAAACGCCACCAUCUAUCAUGAAAAUCCAUCAAGAAGUAUCAGUAGAUGUAAAAUUGAAAAACGUUAUUCCAAAAGCGAAUUCUCUCUUACGACAAACAUAUUCAUGAUAUAUAUCUUUUUUUUCCUCGUCUCGUAAACCUUUAGUGAAAAUUUAUCUAAGGAAAAUAAAAACAGAAACGUUGUUCUCUCGUUAAAUAGUUCGAGCAGUCUUUUCACUGAGCGCACGAAAUUAAUGAGCUUAUUUCUGAAUAAUAUGCCAGUCUGAAGCGCGCAUUUGAGAACCAACGCUCGCAACAGUCGUCUGUGUUACCAUGGCAGCUAACACGGGAAGACGCGUCUCCCACCAACACGUCCUCCUCUUAGUCCUCCUGAAAGCGUGCCUGCUGGGGGGGAGAGUCCUCGGGCCUCCUCCUUCUCCUCCUUCUUCAGCACGGAGUCCCCAGAGAACCCUGACUACGUCGAGUACCACGACUACGAGGACUCGCCCCACUGCGAGCCCCUGGAAGGAGAGGAGUGUCAGGGCCUCGGCUACGACACCACGCUCUUCCCGAACCUACUCAAUCACAGGUCUCAGGACGCGGCGCUGGAGGAACUCAAGGAGCUCAUCCCUCUGAUUGAGGUUGAAUGUUCAGAAGUUCUACGGGAGUUCCUGUGUUCACUGUACAUGCCGGUGUGCACAAAUUACGGUUUCCACUUGCCUCCGUGUCGGGCCCUUUGCAGGCAGGCAAGGGAGGAGUGCGAGCAAGCGAUGCUAUCCGAUGGACUCAAAUGGCCUGAUAAAUUUGACUGCACGAGAUUCCCCGAACACCAUGAGCUCAUGUGUGUCUUGUCCCUCAACCACAGUAACUUCCUGACCACGCCCAUCCCGACGCAAGCUCCGCCUAAUUUCUCUCAUUCCUGGAGGUCCGGCGCCCCUAUGUACCCGGCCGGACCCUCCCUCACGCAGUGUGUCUCGAAUGCGGAUUGCGUCUUUGAGAGAUCGGUGUGCCGGGCGGGCGAGUGUGUCUGCGAAUACCCGAGAACUUGGGGCCCGUAUGGGUGUGAGGAAACACAGAUCCUGGGCGGCCAGUGCACCACGGACAACCAGUGCUCUACCGUCACCCCCAACGCCGUGUGUCGCGACAACAAGUGUGCUUGCAUCAGCCCUCUCACCAGCUACAUGAACCUUGCUUGCAUCCACGCAAGCGGCGUCGGGUCCUUGUGUUACAAUGACGCGCAGUGCAGGGCUGUCAACACGUACUCCUUCUGCAGAUUUCUCGUAUCACAGGUCGUCGGGACGUGUGCUUGUGACCCCGACCAGUUUAUUGACAUCCAUGGGCGUUGCGCUCCUAGGCUGGGUUAGAUUAACCGGCUUUGUCUGGUGUUCCCCUGCUGCAGGUGGCCGCUGCAAGAGAGGAACCUGCUCCAGGAAACUCGGGGUCGCCUCCUGCCAGCGCGGGAGGGAGUCGGUCCUCAAGUGCUUCUGUCGCAAGAAGGCGGUGCAGCGCAGGGGCGUCUGCGUACUGCGAUGAUUGCCAGAGUUUGGUGUAGAUUAAGGGCGUGUUUGGGUGUGUGGUUGACUGGUUUGAAGUUGAUGGUUGGCCUGGUUUGUGCCUGUACGUUAAUUAUGGAAGUAGUUUUAGGUGGCGUGUUUUUCAAAGAAAUGUUUAUGUGCGUUUACAUACACAAGCACACACAGAGACACACACACACACACCAUAUGUGUGUGUGUGUGUGUGUGUGUGUGUGUGUGUGUGUGUGUGCUGAAUUAGCAGCCUCAAACAAAGGGUUCAGAACUGUAUUAUGUACUAUUUAUCUUCCACAAUUUUCGAAACUCUGCAAUAUGAUAUUUCAAAGUUUUGCUCUAAUAUCUCAAUAGUCUGUGUAUUGCAUGAUAUACGAUGCAAGAAAAAAUAAUAAACAAAAGGAAAUUUUGUCCGAGUGAAAGCAAAUAUAGAUAUAAUUUAUCCCAUUUCUAAAAAUGAAUAGAAGUGUUACUGUAUCAAAUGUACUAAAACGAGGUAAAACUGAUUAAACUCAAGAUAAAAAAAUAAAUAAAAUAAAGAUAAAAAUCCGUUUUAUUGAGAAUUCACCGGAGAUUUAUGCAUUUAUUGUAAGUGUUUAGUCGACUAUAGUACUUACAAAGUGUUGCGCCAGCUGCAUCAACAGCAGUUUCUGAAGUGUACAGUGCUCUGUGUAUGUACGUGUGUGUGUGUU